AUGCCUGACCCGCUGCCUGGUGGCCCUGACCUGGGGACUCAAGGCACGAACCCUGACAUGACAGAGGACAGAGAUGACUUCCGCCGGCAAGAAGAGCAGGAAAGAGGAGCCGGGAAGAGUUGGCAGGUGCAGUUACUCGUCGGUAGCAUUCAACGUCCUGCUUCUAUCGACCUUCUACGCCCAAGAGCCAAGUACACUAAGGUAGGCGGGCGAGACAUGGCAGCAAGACAGUCUUGUGUGAGACCUGAGACCUUUUCCUUCGCAGGUGCUCCUACUUCUUCUUCGACACAUUCUAUACCAAACUACGCAGUUGAGAGGCUUUGGAUAGCCUGUGCACCGGCGCCUACUCUGGUUCGUCAUCCCACCGGCUGGGCUUGCUCCGGCUCUGGCACCGCCCGCGGCUCUCUCAACCUCGACGCUGCAACAUCACAGGGCACAGGCACGUUUGAGCAGUGA